CUUAGCUCAGAAAUCACCACCAAAUCCUCACCUGCCCAACUAUUUCGGAAUGAUCAUAAACACUACUCACUCAAGAAUGUGUGUCUCUUAAACCCCACUUUGAUUUGUUUCCUAUUUUUAUAACCUCACAAGUACAAACAGACAUGACAGAGAAACGCACUGGUUUCAUUUUCCGAGUGCAGGUGUAAAUGACAUUGGUAAGAGAGAGGAGGCACCAGGAAGCUCUAAGGCUUUCCUUACCAUCACAUCCCAUCCCAGAAACUGAUUACUGUCAUCAAAUCCAAAUCCCAGCCUCCAAUGGGAACUCUCUGGCCAUCAAGAACCUUUUGAGCCUCGAGAAACUCACAGUUCUCGGCCAUGGCAAUGGUGGUACAGUGUAUAAAGUCCAUCACAAGAAGAACCAAACCUUCUAUGCUUUGAAAGUCCUCAGGUGCAACCAGAAUGCUCUUGAAAUCUUGGCAAGAGUGGAUUCCCCAUAUAUUGUGAGGUGUCAUGCAGUUUUUGACAAUAAUUGCAGUGAAUCUCAUGUAAAUGGAGGUGGCGGCAUUAGCUUUGUCAUGGAAUACAUGGAAAGAGGGUCAUUACAUGAUGUGUUGAGAGAACACGAAGCACUACCAGAGGAAGUGAUCUCUGUCUUGGCAAAGAGGGUUUUGGAAGGACUCAACUAUUUGCACGGCAUGAACAUAGUGCACAGAGAUAUCAAACCUUCAAAUUUGCUUGUGAAUGACAAAGGGGAGGUGAAGAUUGCAGAUUUUGGAGUGAGUCAUGUGGUAGAAGGAAGGUUUGAAGCAUCAGAUUGUAAUGCAGGCACAUGUGCUUACAUGAGCCCAGAAAGAGUUGAUCCUGAGAGAUGGGGUGGUGAAAAUGCAGAUGGUUUUGCUGGUGAUGUGUGGUCAGUGGGAGUGCUGAUGCUAGAAUGUCUUCAGGGUCACUUCCCUUUUACUGAUGCAGGUCAAAAACCAGACUGGGUCACGUUGAUGUGUGUGAUUUGCUCUGGUGAGAAGCUUGAAAUGCCAGAGAAGGCAUCAGCUGAGUUCAAAAGCUUCGUGCAGAGAUGUUUAGAGAAGGAUUGGAGGAAAAGAGCAACAGUACGUGAGCUUCUUGAUCACCCUUUUGUGAACACCAAGUUCUGCCCUUCUGGCAAAGGACUGCUCAAUUAUCUUCUGCAUCGUUGAAGUACAUUGCUGGAGUCUUCUUUCCAUUUUCAAAUAAUCUUCAAUGAUAUUUUGGGUUGGGUUUAGGAAGAAGAAAGAUGAAAACUUUUGUCUCAAGUUAGAGAUUAGGAGGUUGAUAAUCGUUUAUUUCCCGACAUGAUCAUGAAAUAAACGGAAU